UACCAUUUCAUAUGCCAAUUUCCUCUUGCAGGCAACAGCCAAAUUGAGGUGACGGUGUAAAACACUACUCCAUGUUGCCGUGCAAUGAUAUCGAACCUGGAAACACAUGGUUGCGAUGUAAAGAGUUUUAACAACAUAGUCACAUUGACGCUUAUUGUUGUGACAUUUAUGACUUUCCAAAGUCACAAUUCCUAUGGUCGACUCCUUUCUUAAUGACUAUACUCGGCCUUUUCAUAAAAGAUAGCAUAUAUUCACUGGACACCGGUUGAUCUGUUUCAUCGCUCACAGACACAUCCUAAUCCGCAUGUAUUGGUUUGUGUAUCUUCUUUAACACUGUUUACCCUUUUAUAUGUUGUGAUGUCGGCCAGAUAUCUUCUCAGAGCCAUUACCCACUCAGUUAAAGGAAACUUGAUAAAAUGUGGCCAUGUCUCCAGCCCUAUGCAACAACUUUAUUACAUACAGAGACGUUCUAUAGCAGACAGUGCUUCUAAACCUUGGAUGUUGUUCAGUGCAGUUUGUUUGGAACGCCUACCAUCACUAUCAACCACUUUAUCAGAAUUUGAACAGAAAUAUGGCAAAAUAUUAAAGGCAGAAGAGGUUGAAAAAAGUUGUUUAUCUGAUCAUGAACUAAGAUAUAAGGAAGAUGAAAAAAUUCUGGAGGCAAAGAAAGAAGGUGCGAAAGAAGAGGAAUCUGCUCGGAAAACCACGGCGGAAUUUGAAGACUUAUGGGAAGCAGAAUUCAACAGUUUCCAGUUUCCAUCCCAACUGACUGCAGACAAAAAAGGAGACACAAAAUCUCUACAACGAAAAUGUGAUGCUAAGUUAAUAUUGCUUGCAAAACAGAAGUUAGGUUCCAAAGAAUUUUGGAUAUUGCCUCAAGGUGUGCACCAACAAGGUGAAUCAAUGAGAGAAACGGCAGAGCGUGUCCUGAGAGAGUUGUGUGGAGAGGAGAUCAAUGGGAUUUUCUUAGGCAAUGCACCUUGUGGCUUUUAUAAAUACAAAUAUCCACCGAAUCAUGAAAACAUUGGCGCCAAGGUCUUUUUUUUCAGAGCUCACCACCAAACUGGAAACGUGUCAAGUAAAUCCAAAGAUUUGAUAGAUUUUUCUUGGUUAACCAAACAAGAAGUAGAAGACAAAACACCCUCAGAAUAUUUCAAAGCCAUUGAUCGAUUUAUAGUAGAUUUAUGAAAAAAAUAAUUUAUAUGAUAAGGCUUUGCUCUAGUUCAUGAAAUAAAACAUACUUUGAAUAGCUUCA